CCCGUCGUCAUGCUGCUGCCGCGUUAAAGAGCUCUCUCUGUAUCUGGGAGCUUCCGCUAACUAAUUAUUAUUCAUCAUUUUUCCACGACAGGCAUUGGGUCCUCUCUUCAGCUUGCCUGGAAUGCCAAUUGGGUGUACAGCAGCAAAAGUAUGGAGUUCGUAAGACCAUUUGCUUCGAGGCUCGCGGCUUCGCCUCAGGUGCAAUUACGAUAUGUCGUGGCUACGAGAACGGCUUGUCGAGCGAAGUUGCAGCUUCCUCUGCAGACUAGGAAUUUCAGGACAAGCACGUUAUACCGACGAGAAGUCACUUCGAAUGCUCCUGCCAAGGUCCGAGGGAAGUCGAAGGUUUAUGCUUCAGCGGAUGAGGCUGUCGCGGAUGUGAAAUCUGGUUCGACGAUUCUCAGUGCGGGAUUUGGACUUUGUGGUACGGCGGAGACGAUUAUUGCUGCGCUGGCCAGGAGGAAGGAUCUGAACAAUUUGACUGCUGUUUCGAAUAAUGCUGGAACGGCGAUUGGAGGAGGUCUUUCGCCUCUGAUUGCUUCUGGACAAGUCAGUCGUGCGAUUUGCAGUUUUCUGGGAAAUAACAAGGCUUUGGAGAAGAAGUAUUUGACUGGAGAGAUUUCGAUUGAGCUUACACCGCAAGGAACUCUGGCGGAGAAGAUUCGAUGUGGAGGAGCAGGUAUUCCGGCUUUCUUCACGCCGACUGGUGUCAACACGCAUAUCCAAUCUGGACAGAUCCCGGCCACGCUGAAGAAUGGCGAGGUUGUGGAAUAUGGCAAGGCUCGCGAGACACGGAUCUUUGAUGGCCGAGUAUACAACAUGGAAACAGCCAUCAAGGGCGACGUUGCCAUUCUUCGAGCGCACAAGGUCGAUAAGGCUGGCAACGUGCAGUUCAGAUACACUACCAAGUCCUUCGCACCACUCAUGGCCAAAGCCGCGGCCGUGUCCAUCGUCGAAGCAGAAAACAUCGUCGAAGUCGGUGAGCUGAAGCCUGACGAAAUCGACCUUCCAGGCAUCUUCAUCGACCGCAUCAUUCAAGCCACCGAAGACAAAAUUGUCGAAGUCAGGAAACUCCGCCAAGAAACCGACCUUGAAGCCGAAGGUUCCAAGUCCGAUGCCCUGGCACGUCGUAACCGGAUCGCGAAACGUGCUGCAAAGGAACUCAAGCCAGGCUUCUACGUCAACCUUGGUGUUGGAAUGCCCACAUUGGCACCAUCUUUCCUUCCACCUGACAGCAAUGUCUGGAUCCAGUCCGAGAACGGUAUCCUGGGAAUGGGACCAUACCCAACAGAACAAGAACUCGAUGCCGAUAUCAUCAAUGCCGGAAAAGAGACUGUCACCCUCGUACCUGGAGCCAGCUGUUUCGACAGCAGCGAAUCUUUCGGUAUGAUUCGUGGUGGGCAUGUUGAUGUUUCAAUGCUCGGUGCCCUGCAAGUCGGCGCGAACGGUGAUCUGGCCAACUACAUGAUUCCUGGAAAGGUCUUUAAGGGAAUGGGUGGUGCUAUGGAUCUGGUAUCGAAUCCUGAUGAGACGAAGAUUGUGGUCUUGACGGAUCAUGUGGAUAAGUAUGGUACGCCGAAGAUUGUGGAAAACUGCACGCUGCCUUUGACUGGUGCGAGAUGUGUCAGUACGAUUAUUACGGAACUGUGUGUGUUCGAGGUCGACCGCAAGAAGGGUGGCUUGACUUUGACUGAGGUUGCACCAGGUGUUGGUGUUGAUGAGAUCAAGCAGAAGACGGGAGCCAAGUUCGCCGUCAAAGAGCCGUUGGGCAAGAUGGAGUAGGUGGUGGGAGUCUGAUGAGAAGAUCUGUGCAUUUCGCGUGAAUUCAUGGCGGCGCUGGUUGAGCAUUUGA